GCCCUGUCCCCCUCCAGGCCAUGAGGCUUCUACGAUUGAUCACGCUUGCUCUGGUGACAGGGCAUGUAGGGGGAGAGACCAGGAUCAUCAAGGGUCAGCCCUGCCCUCCUCACUCCCAGCCCUGGCAGGUGGCCCUGUUCCAGAAGACGCGGCUGCUGUGCGGGGCAACCCUGAUCGCCCCCAGAUGGCUCCUGACAGCAGCCCACUGCCGCAAGCCGUGGGUGCGGGGGCUGGGCCUGCCCCACGUUGCCCUUGCCCUUCCCACCUCUGAUCAAGCUCCCUCCCUCUGCAGCCAUUACCGGGUCCUCCUGGGGGAGCAUAACUUGCACCGGGAAGAUGGCUGUGAGCAGAAGCAAACGGCCAAGGAGUCCUUCCCCCACCCAAGCUUCAACAACAGCCACCCCAACAAAGACCACCGCAACGACAUCAUGCUCGUGAAGCUGCCCAAAGCAGCCGUCAUCACGCGAGCCGUGCGCCCCCUUGCGCUGCCGUCACGCUGCGUCGCUGCCGGCACCAGCUGCCGCAUUUCUGGCUGGGGCACCACUUCCAGCCCCCAGUUGCGUCUGCCCCACGUCUUGCGCUGUGCCAACAUCUCCGUCAUCAAGCACGAGGAGUGUGAGCACGCCUACCCCGGCAACAUCACAGACACCAUGGUGUGUGCCAGUGUGCAGACAGGCAAGGACUCCUGCCAGGGUGACUCUGGGGGCCCUCUGGUCUGUAAUGGGUCUCUUCAAGGCAUUAUCUCCUGGGGCCAGGACCCAUGUGCAGUUUCCAGAAAGCCUGGUGUCUACACAAAAGUCUGCAAGUAUGUGGACUGGAUUCGGAAGGUCAUGCAGGACAAUUAGCAGGACCCACUUGCAUCUCAAUGCUUUGAAGUCUGCCUGUUCUCAUACAAAACCCUAAGUCAAGACCCUAUCACGUCCUUUCCUUUGGACUGCCUUCGCUGCACGAGAUGCUACAGCUUAGGUACAGCAUCAGAAUCCUGACUUCACAUCCUGGCUUGGACAAACUCGCCACUCUGGAAAUGACCAUAACUGUUGUGUCGAUUUU